GAAAAAGAAAACAUCGAACCCGGUCCACAGGGGAUUCCGGCCUGCCGGACACUCUUAAACCGCCAAAGUGGUGCUUCUCUUGAAUAAAUUGCGCCUCGCGCGAGUUUUGUUUCUCUCUCUAAAUUGUACCGGCCGGCCUCCGUCGCCUCCAACCACCCACCCAGCCAUUUUUACAGAAUGCGAACCAGAAGCCAAGCCAAGCGCCCCCGAUCAGUUGGGAAAAUGGAAGCAAUCGAAGGCCUCCACGUGUCAGACAACAUCGACGAUAAUGAAACCCUUCCAAACAUUUCUCGAGAUGCCGUCGGAAAACUUUUGAAAAGAGUUAAGAAAGGGUUCGAUAAAGAAGAUAUCGGUUACUUGCGUCACUGUGAAUCUGCCGCCAAGAUGGAGGGAGGAUCGACCGACAUUGAGAAAAAUCCCGUGGGGCCCACCGGAGGAAAUGAUACAGCCGACCCUGAAUCUUACAGCAGGGAUGCAACGGAAUAUGCUUUUAGUCCUGCAAAGGAUGAUGAUGUAGAUGAUGAUGAUUGUGAGUGGGAAAACGGGUCUAUUCCUACAUUAUCUUCCAUGAAAGAUUUCCAAGAAGAUUCGGUCGACGGAGUUUCUGUUGAGUUUGAUGUUUCUAACUGCUUGACGAAGCGGAAGCCUGCUAAAAGAGCUACUGCAGAAGAGAAGGAUGUUGCUGAGUUUGUGCACAAGGCUCAUUUGCUUUGUCUACUGGGAAGGGGAAGGUUGGUGGAUUCCGCUUGUGAUGAUCCUCUCAUUCAGGCUUCUCUACUUUCUCUCCUUCCAACAUCCUUGCUGAAGAUAGCCGAUUCGCCCACACUCACUGCUAGUAAUUUAUCCCCUCUUGUCAGUUGGUUCCACAACAAUUUCCAUGUACGAAGUCCGAUUGCCGCCGAGACGCCAUGUCAUUUAGCACUGGCGUCUACGUUGGAAACUCGAGAGGGGUCGCCAGAAGCGGUUGCAGCAUUAUCUGUGGCACUAUUCAGGGCUUUGAACCUGACAACUCGGUUUGUUUCCAUUUUGGAUGUGGCCUCUUUGAAGCCCGACGCUGACAAAUCAGAGUCCGUCACGGAAGUCGGAAGCAAGAGACUGAAAGACGUAUUCGGCUCAUCGACACUGAUGGUUGCCGGGCCCAGCUGUUCUUCCGAACGCACUGAGAAAUCAUCACCAGAUAAAUCAAGAAAGCGCUUGUUCGAAUCCCGAGAUUCUCUUACCACUGACGAACCAAAACUUGAAAUGUCUGAAACCCCAACCGAAACUUCCGAACCGUUACCCGUGAAAUCCGAGGAAUUGAAGAGGAAAGGAGAUGUUGAAUUUCAGAUGCAGUUGGAAAUGGCAAUGUCGGCCACAGCGAUCGAAAGUUGUAAAAUCAGUACGGCGUCAGAAUCACCGAGCACUUCCUCGAAUCUCACUCCACUUUCUAAAAGACUGAAGAAAUCGAAUGGGAUAUCUACGGCUAUUGGAUCGAAGAAAGUUGGAGCCCCACUUUAUUGGGCGGAGGUUUUCUGUAGUGGAGAGAAUUUGACGGGAAAAUGGGUGCAUGUCGAUGCUGUCAAUGCGAUUGUAGACGGAGAGCAUAAAGUAGAAGCUGCAGCUGCUGCAUGCAAAAAAUCUUUGAGAUAUGUAGUUGCUUUUGCUGGAAAUGGGGCUAAGGACGUGACACGAAGAUAUUGCACAAAAUGGUACAAGGUAGCAUCGUCACGAAUCAAUUCGAUCUGGUGGGAUGCAGUUCUUGCACCACUGAAGGAGUUGGAGUCGGGAGCAAAUGGUGCCAGGAGCUCCCUAGAAGAUAUAGAACUACAAACUCGAGCACUUACUGAACCACUUCCCACCAAUCAACAAGCAUAUAGAAAUCAUCACUUGUAUGUGAUUGAAAGAUGGGUUAAGAAGUAUCAAAUUCUGUAUCCCAAAGGGCCCGUCUUGGGAUUUUGUUCCGGGCAUGCCGUGUAUCCUCGUACUUGUGUCCAAACACUUCAUACUAAGCAAGGGUGGUUGCGUGAGGGGUUGCAAGUGAAAGAUGCCGAAGUUCCUGCUAAGGUUCUGAAGCGUUCACAGAAGUGUAGCAAAGAAGAAGAUGCAGAUGAUGAUGACAACGGUGAAGAAGAUCAUCAAGGGAAUACUGUCCUUUAUGGGAAGUGGCAAACGGAACCACUUGUUCUUCCUCGAGCUGUUAACGGGAUUGUGCCUAAGAAUGAACGUGGUCGAGUGGAUGUGUGGUCUGAAAAGUGCCUCCCACCAGGUACAGUCCAUCUGCGGCUGCCAAGGGUAGUCCAUGUUGCAAGAAGGCUGGGUAUCGAUUUUGCUCAUGCUUUUGUUGGAUUUGAAUUCAAAAACGGCCAGUCUUUUCCUGUAUUCGAGGGUAUUGUCGUUUGCACGGAGUUUAAGGAUGCUGUUCUACAGGCAUAUUUAGAAGAAGAAGAGAGACGAGAAAGUGAGGAGAAAAGGAAAAACGAGGCGCAAGCACUAUCGAAGUGGUAUCAGCUUCUUUCUUCCAUCAUUACUCGCCAGAGAUUGAACAAUGCAUAUGGGGACGGAGAAUCAUUUUCGGAAUCCGACAAGUGAACUGUUUUUUGAUGAGGUGUCGGGGCUCGAGUAACGAGACGUCACUGUGGAUUCUCAAUACAGUUUGAUGAAUCAUAGUUUUUUAUUGUGAUGAUAUUUAUUCUUGUAAGGGAAUUCAUUUUGUAUAAAGACAUAAAUUCAUAACUUUUGAUGCGUCAACAGUCAAUACAGUAAGCCUCAAGCCCCCGUUCGACGGGAGUCGAUUUCUAA